GGGAAUGUCGGGGUUUGCCCGCCCCCCACCUCCUUUGGGGCAAUGAGAAGCUAGAGGAGAGAGACUAGGCUGCCGGCCUGCUUGGGGGAGUUUGCUCUGUAAGGGAUAAACGGCUGAGGUGGCGCGGGAUCCGAUUCAGCCUGUCCUGCUGAGCUGGCCGACCGUCCGCGAACUCCCGCCCAAAGAGAAGGGGGGGAGAGCAAGGGACGCUCAGCUGGAGGCCAGAGCUGCCAGCUGAAGCUGCUGGCCAGGAGGAAAGUGCAGGCUGCCUGUCGAAGGGGGAGUGCCUAGAAAGUUGGCGUCCUCCGCCGGCGGAGCCAUGAUCUGGGGGGGCAGCCUUGACCUCGCGCCUCGGAGCCUAGCGCGUCCUCCGCCGCUCGCCCCUCUGCUGCUGCCGACGCUGAGGUCUCUGCUUUUGCUGCUGCUCCUGCUGCUGCUGCUGCUGCUCGGGGUCGCGGCGCCGCUGGCCGGGCGCGCGGAGAAACUAGGUGAUGGAUGUGGGCACAUGGUGACUUACCAAGACAGUGGCACAUUGGCAUCUAAGAAUUAUCCAGGGACUUACCCCAAUCAUACUAUAUGUGAAAAGACCAUUACAGUCCCUCAGGGGAAAAGACUGAUUCUGAGACUUGCGGAUGUGAAUAUUGAAUCUCAGACAUGUGAAUCCAACUAUUUGCGCUUCAUCAGCUCCUCAGCUCUGUAUGGUCCGUAUUGUGGAAGCAUGAAUAUCCCCACAGAAUUCUACCUGGACACAAAUGAAGUGAUUGUUUGCUUUGAGAGUGCAUCCCACAUUUCUGGGCGUGGAUUUUUGUUGUCCUAUGCCAGUAGUGAUCAUCCAGAUUUAAUAACAUGCUUGGAUCGUGCUAACCGUUCUUCGAAGACUGAAUACAGCAAAUUCUGUCCAGCUGGCUGCAGAGACGUAGCAGGCGAUAUCUCUGGGAAUGUGGUAGACGGAUACAGAGAUACCUCCUUAUUAUGCAAAGCAGCAGUGCACGCAGGAGUGAUUGCAGAUGAACUCGGGGGCCAGAUCAGUGUGCUUCAGUCAAAAGGGAUCAGCCGAUAUGAAGGAAUCCUGGCCAAUGGUAUCUUCUCCAAGGAUGGUUCUCUGUCACAUAAGCGAUUUAUGUUUUCAUCCAAUGGGUGCAAUAAAUCUCUGAGUUUGGAACCUGCCAGGCAAAUCACAGCUUCUUCCUCUUGGCAUUGGGUCAAUGAAAAUGGAGAAGAGAUUCAUUGGUCUCCUGCCCAGGCCUGGCUCCAGGACCAAGGACCAUCAUGGGCUUCAGGAGACACCAGCACCAACCACAAAUCUGGGGAGUGGCUGGAGAUAGAUUUGGGUGAGACAAAGAAAAUAACAGGGAUUAGGACUACAGGAUCCACCCAAACAAAUUUCAACUUUUAUGUUAAGUCUUUUGUGAUGAAUUUCAAAAAUCUCAGUCCCAAGUGGAAGACCUACAAAGGAAUUGUGAACAAUGAAGAAAAGAUAUUUCAAGCUAACUCUAACUUUAGAGACCCAGUACGGAACAAUUUCAUCCCUCCCAUCAUAGCCAGAUAUGUGAGAAUUAUUCCAAAGACCUGGCACCAGAGAAUUGCUCUGAAAGUGGAACUGAUUGGUUGUCAGAUUACACAAGGUAAUAAUUCAUUUAUUUGGCACAAGCCAAGUCCAAGUACAGGUGUCUCAAUUGGGAAAGAAGACAAAACUCUCACAAAGCCCAUUCCUUCAUCUGAAGAAGAAAGAGGUAUAAAAGUGAGAACUAUAAUCAUUCCAUUGGUGCUCUUUGUGGUCUUGGUUGUAGUUGGAAUGAGUAUCUUCGCUGCUGUGAAAAAAAGGAAGACGAAAGGAAAUCCUUAUGGAUCAGCUGAGGCACAGAAAACAGGAUGUUGGAAACUGCUCAAACAGCCCUUUGUCAGACGUCAGUCAUCAGAGUUCACCAUCAGUUAUGAAAAUGAAAAGAUGACGCAGAAAUUAGACCUGGUCACAAGUGACAUGGCAGAUUAUCAUCAACCUCUCAUGAUUGGAACUGGGACAGUGAUGAGGAAAGGUUCCACCUUCAGACCAAUGGACACAGAAGCUAAUGAGACAGGGAAGAACUCUGAGCCAGAGAACCACUAUGCCUGUCCUCACCCAACCAACCGCCACGAGUAUGCACUGCCUUUGACAAAUCAGGAGCCUGAGUAUGCCACUCCUAUUGUAGAACGGCACUUAAUGAGAGAGAAAGCAUUUCCUGAAGGGGGCUACAAUGUGCCUGUCAUUGCUCCAGCUCAUAAACAUUCCCUUUCCUCUGGCAGCUUCUCCAAUUCGGGUAGAAAGGAUGCCAAACAUGGAGACUACCAACUGCCUCAAGGCCUUAAGCCAGGGGAGGGUGACUACGAUAAACCUAAAGGCAAAAGCUUCUUAACCACAGAAGACUGUGAUACCAACUACCAAAAGCCUCAAAUGAAUCCCUUAAUGAAUGAUGGUUAUUCAGCUCCUAGGGACUGCCUCAAACCAAUAAACCAGACUGCAAUGACUGCCCUUUUAUAAGCCCAAUGUGAAAGAAAUUUUCUGUGGUACUGAGCAAGUCACUGGAAAAACUUAGGAUCUUCCUAAAGGUUUUUUUAUAUAUAUGUAUAUGUGUAUGUAUGUGUAUGUAUCUACCUAUAUCCAUCACUACAGAUAUUAUCUCUAGCUAUUUAUAUGUAUAUAUAGAUAUAUAUAACUACAUAUGGAGAUUUAGCUAUAUUAAUAGAUGCAGGUAUACCCGUUUCUAUUGAUAUGGCUAAAUCACUAUACAUAUCUACAAAUACAUAUAGAUAACUAUGGAUAUAUCUAUAUUGAUAUAGGUAGAUAUAGAUACCUCUUAUUGGUACACAUGUACAUAC